CUACUACAUUCGCUUGAUUCGUUCAAAACACAGUACAGUAGGUCUGGUAUCACAAAAUUACUCAGGUUGCUCUCAUCUAAAUAGAAAAAUUGGAUGUUAUUAUAAUUUUUUUAAAAUGAAAACUAUUGUACAUAUAAAUAUUAUACUAUUUAUUUUAUGUUUCUCCAAAAAGUCAUCAGAAAAAUCAGUUACGCUUGGCUUAAAUGAAGGUGAUACAUGCAAAAAAGGCAAUGGAUUGGAAUCAGAUCAUUCUUGUAAGCGUUCUGAAAAUUGCGAAUCCUUGAAAAUAAUGAUAGCAGAUGGAAUACAUCUUGAUUUGUGUUCGUUUGAUGGAUUAAAUCCAAUAUUUUGCUGUCCACCAAAUAUUCAAAAAAUAGAUAUUUUAAAUAACUCGAUGAAUAAAAUACCAAGCAUUGUUAACGAAAAGUGUCAGGAGUAUUCUAAGUUAAUGAACAAGUUUAAAAUGGAAGAUACUAAUUUGACUACAAAGUUAACAGAAUCAACAACAGAGUCUAGAUUUACAAAAAAAUACACUAACCCGUUUUUGAUGGACUGUGAAGCAGAUUUAAAAUCGUCAGUAACGAAUAUUGCAAUAGAAAUGUACCAAAAAGUUAUUAAAAUAUCACAACACACGGAAGUUUUUUCAAUUAAUAUUCCAUUGGCUGAACCAAAGGAAUACCCACACAUGGCGAUAAUUGGUUUUGGGGAGAAGCCGGAAGAUGGCUUGUGGGGUUGCGGAGGUUCACUGAUUAGUGAAAGAUGGAUAUUAACAGCUGCUCAUUGUGAAAAAUUGAGACAGAAUGUUCUAAAAAUGGCGCGUUGGGCACGAUUAGGAGAUUUAAACUUAAUCUUAACAACAGACGACGCUCGACCAAAAGACUAUCGAAUUGUGCGGCAUGUUAUACAUCCAUGUUUUAAACCACCUUCGAAUUACAACGAUAUCGCUCUGUUCCAGUUGGAAAGAAACGUUGAGUUCUCCGAGUACGUAAUGCCAAUUUGUCUUAAUUCAGAUCCGUUUUUAGACCCUCAAAUACAAGUAGCAACUAGUUGGGGAAAACCUUCUUUCGAAUCUAUUUCAAUGAGUCAUGAUUUGUUAAAAGUAGAAUUGAAUAUCGUCCCUGGGAGUUUUUGCAAUGAUAGUUAUGGCAUUAGAAAUGCCAAGUUAAAAUAUGGCAUAUUAAACGACAGAAUGAUUUGUGGGAGUCCAUUAGAAGGCACUACCGAUGUUUCUGCGGGAGAUUCUGGCGGUCCGCUUCAAUAUAAACACAAUGGUUCAAGCAUACAUACCCAAUAUGGAAUAAUAUCAUUUGGAACAACUUUUGGAGAUGGUCCUGUAGUGUAUACUAAAGUAUCAAAAUAUAUUUCUUGGAUUGAAAAUAUCGUCUGGUCUUAAAUUAAACUUAAAUUAAAUUAUAAAUAUACUAUAAUGAGUAUAAUGAUCGUGUUAUUAAA